AUUUCUUUUCGACUUUAUUUUUAAAAUGGAACCUACUUUAAAAUGGUACGGGAAGGCAGAAGGACGCAGUAAAAGUCUAUGGAAAUAGUGACUCGAAAACUCUGUUCCAGGACUCAAGAAGGCAAGCCUGUUGUCACAUUUGGAGGGAAACCAGAAAGAAUUUAGGCUUUCACUUUCCUAAUAGCCUCUUUUCCAACACCUUUCCUUCAAACAUCUCGCCCUCCCUUCUAUUUUGCCUUUAUUAAUAAAACUAAUAGAGAGAAACCACCUUUCAAACUUUAACCAGGCAACAUAGCUUUUGCAAGUGCUAAUAUUUUUGGUGUGGGCUUUUUCUUUUAAAGACAAUUAUCAAGACGAAGCAUUUGUUUCUUCUUUUGUUUACCCAUGGCAGUUUGUCAGCAGUUAUGAUAAGUAGAGUUCCAUCUGCCAGUAAAACUACGUUGCAAAUUGCCAUAGAAAUUAGCAGCUUUCAUUUUUGACUACAUAAAUAAAUAUGUGAAAUAAAUUGCACAUAAAUGCAUCCUAAAAAUCACAGGUACACCGCACAGUUAAAUACCAAUCAGACAAAACCAGAGACACAUUGCGAUUAUCUCAGUUUUCAAACCUGGAGGAUACACGAAUGUGUUUCUAAAUGAGAGAGGCAGGGUAUCAUGCUCGCUGAGAUAAAAACAGAAGCCGCCAGACACUGCACUGUGGCUUUAUUCUCAGAAUCCUUUGCCUGAAACCCGCUCUGUCUUUUCUCCGUGUUCGCUCCCUCUCUCUGUCUGUCUCUUUCUCUGUGUGUGUCUUUCUCCUUCUCUCCCUCUCUCUGCCUUCUUUCCCUCUCUCCCUCUCUCCCUCUCUCCUCACUGGCUUUUCCCUCGUUCAUUGUUCUCUCUCUCCUCCUGCCUUUGAUGCACAUACGUUGUCACAUUCCAUUGACUCUCUCCUCUUCUCUGUUCUUACACUCAAGCCUAGCGGUGCUUCCGCCAGGCAGCGGCAGCCUCUCCUGCGAGUUUUAGUCAUGUGUGCAGCUCAGUUUGAUCGAGCGUUCCUUUUCUGCCUUUUCACUCUUACAAAAGAUUAAAAGGUGGCGUCACAUUGCUCCCCUGUUCCUUCCCGCAGGAGGGACUUAAAAGGGACAACAAAAACUAAUCACUUUCAAUAAGCAUUUUCUUGCUAGGGAAAAGGAAAAAAAAAAAAAGAAAAGAAAAGAAAGAAAAGAAAGAAAGAAAGGGAGAAAAAAAAAAGGCAGGGGGGUGGAUUUAGCGGUGUAAUUGGAGACCGGUGGUGAGGAUUGGGGCGAGCUAGAGAUGUUGCACGCUGCUAACAAGGGAAGGAAGCCUUCAGCUGAGACAGACCAUCUAAUGGCAUUUUGUGGGUGCAGCACGUGAAUCCAAUUUUACGAGUACACAUCAGGAGCUGCUGAAUUUUGGGGAGUGGAGACCAAACAGACGAUGGGUCUCAUCAGACUUCAUCACGGAGAGAUAGUCAACAGAAGUUCUGAAGGAAGACCCCUCUUACAGGUCGUCCCAUUCCACCUACAUCCUCGUCUAGCCUCCUCCCAUCUGCUCAGCUGCCUAGCUCCCAUAAUCCUCCACCAGUUAGCUGCCAGAUGCCAUUGCUAGACAGCAACACCUCCCAUCAAAUCAUGGACACCAACCCUGAUGAGGAGUUCUCCCCCAAUUCAUACCUGCUCAGAGCAUGCUCAGGGCCCCAGCAAGCCUCCAGCAGUGGUCCUCCAAACCACCACAGCCAAUCGACUCUGAGGCCCCCUCUGCCUCCCCCUCACAACCACACUCUGUCCCAUCACCACUCGUCUGCCAACUCCCUCAACAGGAACUCACUGACCAACCGGCGGAGCCAGAUCCACGCCCCAGCUCCUGCACCCAAUGACCUGGCCACCACACCGGAGUCCGUUCAGCUCCAGGACAGCUGGGUGCUAAACAGCAACGUGCCACUGGAGACUAGGCACUUUCUCUUUAAAACCUCCUCGGGAAGCACACCCCUGUUUAGCAGCUCUUCUCCGGGAUACCCUUUGACCUCAGGAACCGUUUACACGCCACCACCCCGCCUGCUGCCCCGGAAUACCUUCUCCAGGAAGGCCUUCAAGCUGAAGAAGCCCUCCAAAUACUGCAGCUGGAAAUGUGCCGCCCUGUCCGCCAUCGCCGCAGCCCUCCUUUUGGCGAUUCUGCUGGCAUACUUCAUAGCAAUGCAUCUGCUCGGACUCAAUUGGCAACUGCAGCCGGCAGAUGGACACACCUUUAACAAUGGGAUAAGGACCGGCCUACCAGGAAGCGAUGAUGUGGCAACAAUGCCAUCUGGAGGCAAAGUGCCCUGGUCAUUGAAAAACAGCAGCAUAGACAGUGGUGAAGCAGAAGUUGGUCGACGGGUGACCCAAGAAGUCCCACCAGGCGUGUUUUGGAGAUCACAGAUUCACAUCAGUCAACCCCAGUUCUUAAAGUUCAAUAUCUCCCUUGGGAAGGAUGCUCUCUUCGGUGUUUACAUAAGAAGAGGACUUCCACCAUCCCAUGCCCAGUAUGACUUCAUGGAACGUCUGGAUGGGAAGGAGAAGUGGAGUGUGGUUGAGUCACCCAGGGAACGCCGGAGCAUACAGACCCUCGUUCAAAAUGAAGCCGUGUUUGUACAGUACCUGGAUGUGGGCCUGUGGCACUUGGCCUUCUACAAUGAUGGCAAAGACAAAGAGAUGGUUUCCUUCAACACUGUUGUCUUAGAUUCAGUGCAAGACUGUCCACGUAACUGCCACGGGAAUGGUGAAUGUGUGUCCGGGCUGUGUCACUGCUUCCCAGGAUUUCUAGGAGCAGACUGUGCUAAAGCUGCCUGCCCCGUCCUGUGCAGUGGAAACGGACAAUAUUCCAAAGGGACGUGCCAGUGCUACAGCGGCUGGAAAGGCGCAGAGUGUGAUGUGCCCAUGAAUCAGUGCAUCGAUCCUUCCUGCGGGGGCCAUGGCUCCUGCAUUGAUGGGAACUGUGUGUGCUCCGCUGGCCACAAAGGCGAGCACUGUGAGGAAGUUGAUUGCUUGGAUCCCACCUGUUCCAGCCAUGGGGUCUGUGUAAAUGGAGAAUGCCUUUGCAGCCCUGGCUGGGGUGGUCUAAACUGUGAGCUGGCAAGAGUCCAGUGCCCAGACCAGUGCAGUGGGCAUGGCACUUACGUCCCCGACACAGGUCUCUGCAGCUGUGAUCCCAACUGGAUGGGUCCCGACUGCUCUGUUGAAGUGUGCUCAGUAGACUGUGGCACUCACGGCGUCUGCAUCGGGGGAGCCUGCCGCUGUGAAGAGGGCUGGACAGGCGCAGCUUGUGACCAGCGCGUGUGCCACCCCCGCUGCAUUGAGCACGGGACCUGUAAAGAUGGCAAAUGUGAAUGCCGAGAGGGCUGGAAUGGUGAACACUGCACCAUUGGUAGGCAAACGGCAGGCACCGAAACAGAUGGCUGCCCUGAUUUGUGCAACGGCAACGGGAGAUGCACGCUGGGUCAGAACAGCUGGCAGUGUGUCUGCCAGACCGGCUGGAGAGGGCCCGGAUGCAACGUUGCCAUGGAAACCUCCUGUGCUGAUAACAAGGAUAAUGAGGGAGAUGGCCUGGUGGAUUGCCUGGACCCUGACUGCUGCCUGCAGUCCGCCUGUCAGAAUAGCCUGCUCUGCCGAGGGUCCCGGGACCCCCUGGACAUCAUUCAGCAGGGCCAGACAGACUCACCUGCCGUGAAGUCCUUCUAUGACCGCAUCAAGCUCUUGGCAGGCAAAGACAGCACCCACAUCAUUCCUGGAGACAACCCCUUCAAUAGCAGCUUGGUUUCUCUCAUUCGAGGCCAAGUAGUAACUACAGAUGGGACUCCUCUGGUUGGUGUGAAUGUGUCUUUUGUCAAGUACCCAAAAUAUGGCUACACCAUCACCCGCCAAGAUGGCACGUUUGACCUGAUUGCCAAUGGGGGUGCCUCCUUGACCCUGCACUUCGAGCGAGCCCCAUUCAUGAGCCAGGAGCGCACCGUGUGGCUGCCAUGGAAUAGCUUUUACGCCAUGGACACCCUGGUAAUGAAGACUGAGGAGAACUCCAUCCCCAGCUGUGACCUCAGUGGCUUUGUCCGACCAGAUCCAAUCAUCAUCUCCUCCCCGCUGUCCACUUUCUUCAGCGCCGCCCCUGGGCAGAAUCCCAUCGUGCCUGAGACCCAGGUUCUUCAUGAAGAAAUUGAGCUCCCUGGUUCCACUGUGAAGCUUCGCUACCUGAGCUCCAGGACCGCAGGCUAUAAGUCUCUGUUGAAGAUCACCAUGACCCAGUCCACGGUGCCCCUGAAUCUUAUCAAGGUUCAUCUGAUGGUAGCUGUAGAGGGGCACCUCUUCCAGAAGUCAUUCCAGGCCUCUCCCAACCUGGCCUACACCUUCAUCUGGGAUAAGACAGAUGCAUAUGGCCAAAGGGUUUACGGACUCUCUGAUGCUGUUGUAUCUGUUGGGUUUGAAUAUGAGACCUGCCCCAGUCUAAUACUGUGGGAGAAAAGGACAGCCCUCCUUCAAGGAUUCGAGCUAGACCCUUCCAACCUCGGUGGCUGGUCCCUGGACAAACAUCACAUUCUCAAUGUUAAAAGUGGAAUCCUACACAAGGGCACCGGGGAGAACCAGUUCCUGACCCAGCAGCCUGCCAUCAUCACCAGCAUUAUGGGCAAUGGCCGCCGACGAAGCAUUUCCUGUCCUAGUUGCAAUGGCCUUGCCGAAGGCAACAAGCUACUGGCCCCAGUAGCUCUGGCCGUUGGAAUUGAUGGGAGCCUCUUCGUUGGAGACUUCAAUUACAUCCGGCGCAUUUUUCCUUCUCGAAAUGUGACCAGCAUUUUGGAGUUACGAAAUAAAGAGUUUAAACAUAGCAACAACCCAGCACACAAGUACUAUUUGGCAGUAGACCCUGUUUCCGGCUCUCUCUACGUGUCUGACACCAACAGUCGGCGAAUCUACCGAGUCAAGUCUCUGAGUGGAGCUAAAGACCUGGCUGGGAAUUCAGAAGUGGUGGCAGGGACUGGAGAGCAGUGCUUGCCCUUUGAUGAAGCCCGCUGUGGAGAUGGGGGGAAGGCUGUAGAUGCAACCCUGAUGAGCCCUCGAGGUAUUGCAGUGGACAAGAACGGACUCAUGUACUUUGUUGAUGCCACCAUGAUCCGGAAGGUUGACCAGAAUGGAAUCAUCUCCACUUUGCUGGGCUCCAAUGACCUCACUGCUGUCCGGCCACUGAGCUGUGACUCCAGCAUGGAUGUGGCCCAGGUUCGCCUGGAGUGGCCAACAGACCUUGCUGUCAACCCCAUGGACAACUCCUUGUAUGUUCUUGAGAACAACGUCAUCCUUCGAAUCACUGAGAAUCACCAAGUCAGCAUCAUUGCAGGACGCCCCAUGCAUUGCCAGGUUCCUGGAAUUGACUACUCACUCAGCAAACUAGCCAUUCACUCCGCUCUGGAGUCAGCCAGUGCCAUUGCUAUUUCUCACACUGGGGUCCUCUAUAUCACUGAGACAGAUGAGAAGAAGAUUAAUCGUCUACGCCAGGUAACAACAAAUGGGGAGAUCUGCCUCUUAGCUGGGGCAGCCUCAGACUGUGACUGCAAAAAUGAUGUCAAUUGCAACUGCUACUCAGGAGACGAUGCCUAUGCGACUGAUGCCAUCUUGAAUUCCCCAUCAUCCUUAGCUGUAGCUCCAGAUGGUACCAUCUACAUCGCAGAUCUUGGAAAUAUUCGGAUUAGGGCGGUCAGCAAAAACAAGCCUGUUCUUAAUGCUUUCAACCAGUAUGAGGCUGCAUCCCCCGGAGAACAGGAGUUGUAUGUUUUCAAUGCUGAUGGCAUCCACCAGUACACCGUGAGCCUGGUGACAGGGGAGUACCUGUACAAUUUCACAUAUAGUGCUGACAAUGAUGUCACCGAAUUGAUUGACAAUAAUGGGAAUUCCCUAAAGAUCCGUCGGGACAGUAGUGGCAUGCCCCGCCACCUGCUCAUGCCUGACAACCAGAUCAUCACCCUCACCGUGGGCACCAAUGGAGGUCUCAAAGUCGUGUCCACACAGAAUCUGGAGCUUGGCCUCAUGACCUACGAUGGGAACACUGGCCUCCUAGCCACCAAGAGUGAUGAAACAGGAUGGACAACUUUCUAUGACUAUGACCACGAGGGCCGCCUGACCAAUGUGACACGCCCCACAGGGGUGGUGACCAGUUUGCACCGGGAAAUGGAGAAAUCCAUCACCAUUGACAUUGAGAACUCCAACCGUGAUGAUGAUGUCACUGUCAUUACCAAUCUGUCUUCAGUGGAGGCCUCCUACACGGUGGUACAAGAUCAAGUGCGGAACAGCUACCAGCUCUGUAAUAACGGUACCCUGAGGGUGAUGUAUGCCAAUGGAAUGGGUGUCAGCUUCCACAGUGAGCCCCAUGUCCUAGCAGGUACCAUCACCCCCACCAUUGGGCGCUGCAACAUCUCCCUGCCCAUGGAGAAUGGCCUAAAUUCCAUUGAGUGGCGCCUAAGAAAGGAACAGAUUAAAGGCAAAGUCACCAUCUUUGGCAGGAAGCUCCGGGUCCAUGGAAGAAAUCUCUUGUCCAUUGAUUAUGACCGGAAUAUUCGGACAGAAAAGAUCUAUGAUGAUCACCGGAAGUUCACUCUGAGGAUCAUUUAUGACCAGGUGGGGCGCCCAUUCCUCUGGCUCCCCAGUAGUGGGUUGGCAGCAGUCAAUGUCUCAUACUUCUUCAAUGGGCGCUUGGCUGGCCUUCAGCGUGGAGCCAUGAGUGAAAGGACAGACAUUGACAAGCAGGGACGAAUUGUGUCCCGCAUGUUUGCUGAUGGGAAAGUGUGGAGCUACUCCUACCUUGAUAAGUCUAUGGUCCUCCUGCUUCAGAGUCAGCGUCAGUACAUAUUUGAGUAUGACUCCUCCGACCGUCUCCACGCCGUCACCAUGCCCAGUGUCGCCCGGCACAGCAUGUCCACCCAUACCUCCAUUGGCUACAUCCGCAACAUUUAUAAUCCCCCUGAAAGCAAUGCUUCAGUCAUUUUUGACUACAGUGAUGAUGGCCGCAUCCUCAAGACGUCCUUUUUGGGCACUGGACGUCAGGUAUUCUACAAGUAUGGGAAACUCUCCAAGCUAUCAGAGAUUGUCUAUGACAGUACUGCUGUCACUUUUGGGUAUGAUGAGACCACUGGUGUUUUAAAAAUGGUCAGUCUCCAGAGUGGAGGUUUCUCCUGCACAAUCAGGUACCGGAAGAUUGGCCCACUUGUGGACAAGCAGAUCUACAGGUUCUCUGAGGAAGGCAUGGUCAAUGCCAGGUUUGACUACACCUAUCAUGACAACAGCUUCCGGAUUGCAAGCAUCAAGCCCGUCAUAAGUGAGACUCCCCUUCCUGUUGACCUCUACCGCUAUGAUGAAAUUUCUGGCAAGGUGGAGCAUUUUGGCAAGUUUGGAGUCAUCUAUUAUGACAUCAACCAGAUCAUCACCACUGCUGUAAUGACCCUCAGCAAACACUUUGACACCCACGGGCGGAUCAAGGAAGUCCAGUAUGAGAUGUUUCGGUCCCUUAUGUACUGGAUGACGGUGCAGUAUGACAGUAUGGGAAGGGUGAUAAAGAGGGAGCUAAAACUGGGGCCCUAUGCUAACACCACAAAGUAUACCUAUGACUAUGAUGGAGAUGGGCAGCUCCAGAGUGUGGCUGUCAAUGACCGCCCAACCUGGCGCUAUAGCUAUGACCUCAAUGGGAACCUCCAUUUGCUGAACCCGGGAAAUAGUGUGCGCCUUAUGCCCCUGCGCUAUGAUCUCCGGGAUAGGAUAACCAGACUCGGUGAUGUGCAAUACAAAAUUGAUGAUGAUGGCUAUCUGUGCCAGAGAGGGGCUGACAUCUUUGAGUAUAACUCCAAGGGCCUCCUAACAAGAGCCUACAACAAGGCCAGUGGGUGGAGUGUCCAGUACCGCUACGAUGGUGUGGGGCGGCGGGCUUCCUACAAGACCAACCUGGGCCACCACCUGCAGUAUUUCUACUCUGACCUUCACAACCCAACCCGCAUCACCCAUGUCUAUAAUCACUCCAACUCAGAGAUAACCUCACUCUACUAUGACCUCCAAGGUCACCUCUUUGCCAUGGAGAGCAGCAGUGGGGAGGAGUACUACGUUGCCUCAGAUAACACAGGCACUCCUCUGGCUGUGUUCAGCAUCAAUGGUCUCAUGAUCAAACAACUGCAGUAUACGGCCUAUGGGGAGAUUUAUUAUGACUCUAACCCUGACUUCCAGAUGGUCAUUGGCUUCCAUGGUGGACUCUAUGAUCCCCUGACCAAGCUGGUCCACUUCACUCAGCGUGAUUAUGAUGUGCUGGCAGGACGAUGGACCUCUCCAGACUAUACCAUGUGGAAAAACGUGGGCAAGGAGCCAGCCCCCUUUAAUUUGUAUAUGUUCAAGAGCAACAAUCCUCUCAGCAAUGAGCUGGAUUUGAAGAACUACGUGACAGAUGUGAAAAGCUGGCUUGUGAUGUUUGGAUUUCAGCUUAGCAACAUAAUUCCUGGCUUCCCAAGAGCCAAAAUGUAUUUCGUGCCUCCUCCCUAUGAAUUGUCAGAGAGUCAAGCCAGUGAGAAUGGACAGCUCAUUACAGGUGUCCAGCAGACAACUGAGAGGCAUAACCAGGCCUUCAUGGCUCUGGAAGGGCAAGUUAUCUCGAAAAAGCUCCAUGCCAACAUCCGAGAGAAAGCAGGCCACUGGUUUGCCACCACCACACCCAUCAUCGGCAAAGGCGUCAUGUUUGCCAUCAAAGAAGGACAAGUGACUACCGGCGUGUCCAGCGUUGCCAGCGAGGACAGCCGCAAGGUGGCUUCCGUGCUGAACAAUGCCUAUUACCUGGACAAGAUGCACUACAGCAUUGAAGGCAAGGACACCCACUACUUUGUGAAGAUUGGCUCGGCCGACGGUGAUCUGGUCACACUGGGCACCACCAUCGGCCGCAAGGUGCUAGAGAGCGGGGUGAACGUGACCGUGUCGCAGCCCACACUGCUGGUCAACGGCAGGACUCGAAGGUUCACCAACAUUGAAUUCCAGUACUCCACGCUGCUGCUCAGUAUCCGCUACGGCCUCACCCCCGACACCCUGGACGAAGAGAAGGCCCGCGUCCUGGACCAGGCGAGACAGAGGGCCCUGGGCACUGCCUGGGCCAAGGAGCAGCAGAAAGCCAGGGAUGGGCGAGAGGGGAGCCGCCUGUGGACUGAGGGCGAGAAGCAGCAGCUCCUGAGCACGGGACGUGUGCAAGGUUAUGAGGGGUAUUACGUGCUUCCUGUAGAGCAAUACCCAGAGCUUGCAGACAGUAGCAGCAACAUCCAGUUUUUAAGACAGAAUGAGAUGGGAAAGAGGUAACAAAAUAAUCUGCUGCCAUUCCCUGUCUGGAUGGCUUGGCGGGAGUAACUGUUAUCUCCUCUCCUAAGGAGAUGAAGACCUAACAGGGGCACUAAGGCCGGGCUGCUUUAGGAUACCAAGUGGCAAGGAAGCUCACAUUUUUUGAGUUCAAAUGCUACUAUCCAAGCAAGAAGUCCCACAUCCUGAAGUAGACUAAAGCCUGGCUGAAAAUUCUGAGGAAAACAAAACAAAUGAAUGAAUGAACAAACACACAAAAUGUUUCAAGUUCCCCUAAAAUAUGACCCACUUGUUCUGGGUCUACACAGGAAAAAAAGAAAAAAAAAAAAAAAAAAAAAAAGACGCGAAAUGUCUAAAAGGAACAAGAGAACAGAAAAACAAAACAAAACACAAAAAAAAACAAAAAACAAAAAAACAAAACACGUACACACGACCGAAAAACAAAGACGUGAAGACGAGAAGGCCUCCUAUUCUAUUACCUCACUCAUCCACACGUGAGCGACGCAGACACAUCCACCAGGGCCAGCGUCACAGACCAGCUGAGGAAACCGAUUCAGACUGUUUGUUGGACAAAUACCACAGACGUUUUCGUUUCAACCAGUACAGGUGCAUUGAAAACACGACUUUGGGGGUGAUUUGUGUGUAGCGACCGGGGAGGGGGGGAUACAAGUGAAAGAGUGAGCACUGGAAAUACUUUUUAAAGAAAGAAAAAAAAAAAAACUAAAAACACACACACAAAAAAGGAAAUUACUAUCAAAAAAUCAAAGCGAGAUAAUACCGUUCAGCACUUAACUCUCAGGUCCCAACUUAGUCCGGCCUGAGUUAAUUUAUUUGAGCGCAGAGUGUACAAUUUAAUUCAAAAUGGUGGCUAUAAUCACUACAGAUAAAUUUCAUACUCUUUUGUCUUUGAAGAUUCCAUUGUGGACAGUAAUACGCAGUUACAGGGUGUAGUCUGUUUAGAUUCCGUAGUUCGUGGGUAUCAGUUGCAGUAGAGGUGUGGCAUUGUGACACUCUUGCUAAUGGGCACCACUUCAGAUCACCCUGUACAUACAUAAGCCUCAAGGCACAAUCACCGUUUCAGAUUUUAAAUUAUUAGUGUGUUUGUUUGGUCCAGAAACUGAGACAAUCACAUGACAGUCACCACGAGGAGAGAAAAUAAAAAAUUAAAAAAAAAAAACACAAAAAAUAAAAAAUAAAAAAAAAAGUCUAAUAAGAACUUUGGUACAGGAACUUUUUUGUAAUAUACAUGUAUGAAUUGUUCAUCGAGUUUUUAUAUUAAUUUUAAUUUGCUGCUAAGCAAAGACUAGGGACAGGCAAAGAUAAUUUAUGGCAAAGUGUUUAAAUUGUUUAUACAUAAAUAAAGUCUCUAAAACUCCUGUGGA